UUCACCCAACUCGUGUUUGCUGCCUGGUUAACCUGCGGGGAGGAGACUCAACUGACAUUUACGUUCAUUCAUCCAGCCACAACAACAAUGGCAGCGCAGGAUUUUAAUUUCUUACUUGCGACGGACUCUUACAAGAUCACUCACUACAAACAGUAUCCUCCAAAUGUUAGCAAAAUCUACUCAUACUUUGAAUGCAGGCGCAAAAAAGAUUCCCAGUUCAGUGAAGUGGUCUUCUUUGGUCUUCAGUAUCUACUGAAGAAGUACCUCACAGGCCCAGUGAUCACAGAGCAGAAGAUUCAGGAAGCCAAGCUUUUCUACCAGAUGCACUUUAAGCAGGCUGUGCUCGAUGAAGAGGGCUGGAGGAAGGUACUCGAGAAACACGAUGGCCGCCUUCCUAUCCGGAUCAAAGCCGUCCCUGAGGGCAGAAUCAUACCGAGAGGCAACGUGCUUUUCACUGUGGAAAACACUGAUCCCGACUUCUACUGGCUCACCAACUACAUUGAGACCAUGCUGGUCCAGAUGUGGUAUCCCAUCACAGUAGCCACCAUAUCCAGGGAGUUCAAGAAGAUCCUAGCCAAACACCUGAAGGCUACCUCAGGGAGUCUGGAAGGCCUGGACCUGAAACUGCAUGACUUUGGCUACAGAGGGGUAUCCUCACAGGAGUCUGCAGCAUUAGGUGGAGCAGCUCAUCUGGUGAAUUUCUGCAGUACAGACACAGUUGCUGGCCUGCUGAUGGCUCAGCGAUAUUAUGCCUGUCCAAUGGCUGGCUUCUCCAUUCCAGCAGCUGAGCACAGUACCAUCAUUUCAUGGGGAAGGAACAGGGAGAAGGAGGCUUUUGAGAGAGUCCUAGACCAAUUCUCUUCUGGGCCAGUGUCAGUGGUCAGUGACAGCUACGACAUCUUUAAUGCUUGUAAGCAUAUCUGGGGAGACAAGCUAAAGGAGCAAGUCAUGGAGCGCAGCCAGGAUUCCUGUCUGGUGAUCCGUCCAGACUCUGGAGACCCAACAGAGACUCUUAUUGAGGUCAUCAAGAUUUUGGAGGAGUGUUUUGGCUGUUCUCUGAACUCUGUGGGAUACAAGGUGCUGCCUUCUUAUUUGCGAAUCAUCCAAGGAGAUGGCAUUGACCUCACCUCAGUAGAUGAGAUUCUCCAGAAGCUGAGUGAUGAAGGCUGGAGUGCUGAGAACAUGUUCUUUGGCUGUGGCAGCGCUUUGCUUCAGAAACUCAACAGAGAUACACUCAGCUGUGCCUUCAAGUGCAGCUAUGUGGAGACCAAUGGCAAGGGGAUGGAUGUGUGCAAGCAGCCGGUGACUGACCCAUCCAAGGGGUCAAAGAGGGGCAGAUUAUCAUUGAGGAGAAACUCCGAUGGGCUCUUGGAGACAAUAGAGAGAGGAGCUGGCAAGCCAGAGGAGGACCUGCUGGUGACUGUGUUUGAGAACGGCAGCCUGGUGCAGGACUACUCCCUGGAGGAGAUCAGGAAAAAUGCUCGACUGCGGGACGAGGAGCUCAACCCCAUCCUGCACAAUCACGAACAGGAGCUGCUACACAAUCACAUCAUCAACGGGAUUCAUUAGACGCACAAAGCCUGUCCCAUCCAUAGGAGGCUGUGGUUGUGUUGGAAUGAAGACUGCAGUGUUUUAGAAAGGAAUCCAUCACAGUAUGAAUUAAACAUGUUGGAGGGGAGUGAGAGGCUGUUUCUCCUAACAUCCCACCACCACCACGACCGUAAUCCAAGGAGUUCAGUGAUGAUACUUCAGGUCGGUCCGUCUCUUUCACUCAGGCACAAACGCUGAAGCAGCACACUGGUGUCUGCUCCGGUGUCCUCACAGCUGCACUGUCCCGUCACCCCCCCACCCCAACUGAAGCUCAGGACCACAGAUGAUAUUUAGCUAGAUUUUAUUCUUCUUCCCUGUCCGAGUUUGAAGACACUCUUUAUGAGUCUGGGAUCACUUCAAACACCAGAACCAAAAUAUUUCCAGUAUAAGACUGGUACGUGUCAUCCUUGAACAGACUCACAGUUAAGAUCCAGAUCUAAAAAACACACUCUUCAGGUUUAUGAUUUGAAAAGGAAACACAAACUGUGCACAUGUACUGACAUCAUCACAACACUAAAGAAUACUGCAAAACAAAUGAAGCACAUAAUGCUGCAUGGCCACAUUCUGAACAAAAGGACCAAGCUGGCCAACAAGGCAGCAGGCCUUUGAUAUUUAAUAAAUAAACGAUGAACAAAUAGUCAUAGGAAUGCAUCGUGUGAAAUCUAGAAAUGAACCAACUUGUGAAAUAACUGGAAGCAAUGAUUGAAACUCACGUUAAUAUGAAAUAUGUCCCUUCAUCAUUCAUGCAUGAUGAAGUGCAGGGUUGUAGUAGAGUCUGUUUUUAGCUCGUUAUACAUGUUUUUCCUUCAUCAGGGCACUUUUUAUGACGGUGAUGUUGUCACUAGUCCCCCACCUGCUACCUCAGCAGCUGCUAGCACACUUAGCCUAAAGUCUUUCCCAAAUUGUUGUUUCAUUUCUGUGUUUUACACAGUUUCCUCGUGUGACUAUUCAUUCAGUAAGUACAUCCCUGUGCAGUGCCCCUUAAAUGUCCUUGUCAGCAUGGAGGAUACCACAAGUAUGUGGUCAGCUCUUGUGUCAUUCUUCAGAGAUUUAUCAUCUUCAGCUGCUAUUUGCUGGAGGGGUUGGGUUGCUCUACCGUUCCCUCUGAAAUAGUCAAAAUGCUUCAUUUGAUUCAAGUCUGACUUGUCAUAGUUUUCACUUUUUUCUUUAUUAGAAGCUGCUGCCAGUGUGCUUUGGAAUUUAUCAUUCUGGAAUAUUACUCUACCGCCAGGCUUCUGCAGACUGGGAGUCAUCUUGUCAGCCUUUUUUUAUUUUUUCAUUCAUUCACGGUGCAUGUAUAUGUCAUAUAGUAUCACUGGAGCUAUACAUUCACCGUGGAAGUCCUGGCCAGGUUCUGGUCGAACAGCUGGACCCAUUUUUAGCCAAACAAAUCUUAGUCUCCUCUGACUAUCCUCUGAUCAUCUGCUCCCUGUAUUAAUCUGACUUCUUUUCAUAUUUUUUGCUAAGUUUCACCUUGCCGUUUUGUCCCAAAGUAUAAACAAAGGUUUCCUUGGAAGCUAUCAAUAGCAUUUGAUGUUAUUUACCGUCCUUUUCCUGUCAGAAACUCCCAAUAUCCAUUAAGUACCCCUGUGCCAAAUGUGAAGCGUCUGCCCAUCAUUGUGAAAAUAGCACCCUGUCCGUCUCUGUGGCUCUUCUUAGUCGUACUACGGUUUGUUUUAGACCACCUGAUUAUUACUGCAGCUGUGUUUUCACUGAUUUUUAGUUUAGUUCUCCUUUAUUCUUUUCCAUUUUUGUGAAGUCUGGAAAUCCGAUUUUUACACUAUCCUCUGGCAAUUCUUUUCCACCUGGAGCCAUGGUGCAGAUGGUCUUAUAGAAGCUCUGCUGUCCAGCUCAUUUUCUAACAGUGGUCUUCCUGCUAGGCUGAUUGGAAAUCACAGCGUUUGUCGUUUGGCUGCAGUGAUCACAGGUGUUCUUUGUGUGUAUUCAUUUUCUGGACUUGGGGAAUCUGCAUUUUCAGUAUAUUCUUUGUAAAGGAUUUGUCUUCAGUUGUUCAGAAGAGGAGAUCAGUCAUGACGGUGCACAAUUGUGUCCUCACUUCUGAUGUAUGCUGCAGCCACUUGUUCAUCUCUUUGUAAACACUGGAACACUCCUUUUCAUCAUCAGGAUAAAUUCUGCUGUGUCUCAGUUGUUAGUUUGACUUCACUGCUUUGCUUUUUUAUGUUCUGUUUCCAUUUCAACACAUAAAAUGCAGCAUUUCUUAAUGUAUUCUGUUUUGGUAAGAUACAUCAGGGUGCCAGUGUUGAUUAGGGAUUCUGAUAAUCAUAACUAAUGGGCCGACUUGACAAAUUUGAUAACCUGAUCUGUUCAAGUGAAUGAAGAGGGAUCUGUACUGACACCACAAGAUGUGUUGUAGCUGCUACUUUGCUUUUCAUGGCCUUUUGCCAAAUAAAACUCUCUAAUCUGCUCACACACAACGUAUGCCUCUGUCAAAUGUGCGUAGAACUUCCAUAAAACUUUUUAUCUUUUAUUUGACUGUGACAGAAUUGUGAUAUGGAGAUGUGAUGGCUUUCAGUUCUCACAUCUAAAUAAAUCAAGUAGGACUUAACUCUAACCUGUCAUGGAUCACUAAAGUUUGCAUUUUAUUACAUUUUCAGAUUUUGUUCCUGUAAGUCACAUAACGAGUAUUUGAAUGAAUUUGGUGAAUCAUAGUUUCAUCCUGUGAUUGGUCAUAUUUUAGUGGUUAAAAGGCAGUUUGCCUCUGAUGCAUUUGAACAGGGCGUGAUUUUUACGGUUGUUUUGUUUCUUUCACUUUUUCUUUCAUGUUUUUUCGUUUCCUUUGCAGUCUGGCAGUAUUGAUUUUUGACAGAUUGCUCAUUUUGUUGGGGCAGAUAAACCCUGGAAGAUAGACUGCUGGUUAAACUGCCUUCACUUACAGUAAUGGAGGCUUGUUAUUGUGCAUUGCAUUUGCAUUGGAAAGGGUUUCAUGAAAUGGCAUUAUGCAGUAAAAUACACUGAACAACAUCAUGUGGUAUUAGCAAUUAUCAAGCAGUUUACGUGUCUGAUCUUUCAGUACGGUACUGCAAACCUAGAGAAUGUUGGUAGAAUCUGUUCAUAGUUUGAUCUGACUGGCAGAUGAACUGUCUGAUGUCCACCAUGCCCCCCCGUUAUUUCAUGAUGAGGUUUCAUCCUAACUCUGUAGGUGCAAACAUUUCCUCCACCUAUCUUGUUUAAUCUAUGUAGAAUUAUCGUUUGUUUUUCAGCAGCCUCUGUAAAAUGGGCAUUAUUACUUUGACAUUAGUAGAUUUUCAGACCCUCAUAAAUUCCAAAUGUAAAGUGUGUUUAGAGGAUUCAGACUGAUGUAGAGCCUGUAAAUCUGUCUUAACCAACAUAAUAUUAGUGGGCAGUUAGCAGCGGAGAAAAUGCUAACUGAUGGAUUUAUGUAACACAUGAGCCAGUAAGAAGUAUGGAAAAUGUUUGAGUAAAGGAGAAUGUAGCCGAUUGGCUGAUUAACUUCAGUCAAUCAGGCAGAUGUGACACAUGGAAGCAUCAGCUAGCCAUGCUUGUGGUUUGAAACUCUUAUGUCCAGGGUGGAGUUUACCUUCUGAGAAUGGACUUCAUUCUUUGCAGUGCCCAUAUGCAUCAACUACAUAUGAAUUGGUUCACUUGAAGUGUUUAUUUUUAGUCUCUUUUGGUGCCUUUUUAUUUUCUGUUAACAUGGCUGUCUUUUCUUAUACCGCGGAACAUAUUCUGCAGUAUUUAGUUGCGUUUCAGACUGCAGGUCAGAGCUGUUUGUUGGCCGCUCUAUACACAUUAGUGAUGAAGUAGUGAUACAGGAAUACACGACUGCCUCCUCUGUACCAGUGCCAGCACUAAUAAUGGAUGUAAUUAUGUUGUAAAUAUACUUUAGGAAAUGGUUUGCAUUUAACUGAUAUGUAUCUUUGUAAUCCUCUGUCUCUGAUUUUAUUUGUGUUUUAAAAACUGACUUUUUAUAGCAUUAAAAAAAUCGUAAACUUU